AUGGAGGUGCCAAUGAACUCUGCGCAAUCCGGUGCUCACUUCCCUAUGCAGCAUCGAUCCCUCUCGUUAGACAUCAAGGUUAUUGUGACACAAAUUGGCUGCAUGGGAACCAUACUGGCUGCCAAGAAAGAUGAAAGUGUUUUCUCGGACCCAACCUAUAAUGUGAAUAUUCUUUUUGGGAAGAGAGAUGAGCCCCUCCUACUUGCUUGUGCACGCCAACUUAUUGAGCACAUAAGUGGCAGUGGCUCAGCACGGUCGUUGGUGAUCUCUCUUGGUCUGAAAGAUCAUUCUCAGGGAACACUGAAGGAUAUAAUUGCAGCUGUGAUUGAGAAUCGUCUUUGGUGAUGGUUGUUAUUGACUGAGCUAGAGUUGGGAUGGGCUGGAGAUGCUG